GGAUAAUAAUUUGACUCCGAAACAGCAGAAACCAAGACGUGUCCAGCUAGCUGCAGGCUUCCACGUUCAUCAAACCCUUUUGAAGAAUUUACCCAGAGGAUUAUUUUCGCGCGCUAUGACGUCGCAGGGAUACGUUUAUGAAUGGUGAAAGGUUUUGGGUCCUUUUGAUGUGCACGUCACUAAUGGAUACAUUCAUGACGAGGAAGCGUUCUCAAGCACAGCGGACCGCAGCUGGACAGCGGACGGAAGCGGUGAGGUCGCCGUUAAAGCUGGAGAGCGACAAAAGCGAGUGCAUAUCGGAGGACGUGAAACAUGCAGGGGAGGAAGAGCUCGCGGAGUUCUCUCAACCGGUUCCCUGGCGGAAGAUUGAAGCGGAGGGACUAGACUGCGACUACGCUUUACUCUUUACCAAAGAAGAAGCUGAUCGCCUGUUCAAAAAACUGGAAGAAGAGGUAGUAUAUCUCACAGGUGAUGAAGCCACGGUUCAGGUGUUCGGCAAGGUCUACAGUGUUCCCAGGAUGCAGGCGACAUAUGGGGAUCCAGGACUGACCUACACCUACUCUGGAGUGAGACACACAGCCAAACCCUGGACUCCAACCCUGGAGGACAUCCGAGAUGCUGUAACCAAGGCUACGGGACAAACCUUCAACUUUGUCCUGAUUAACAGGUAUAAAGAUGGACGCGACCACAUGGGCGAGCACAGAGACGACGAGAGGGAACUGGACCCUCUGUCCCCCAUUGCGUCGGUGUCUCUGGGAGCGGCGCGGGACUUCAUAUUCCGCCACAGGGACGCACGGGGGAAACGGUGCCGGCGCAGGCUCGACCCGGUGAAGCUGGAGCUCUCUCAUGGCAGCCUGCUCCUGAUGAACCCGCCCACCAACACACUCUGGUACCACAGCCUGCCCGCUCGCAGGAGCAUCCUCGCUCCCCGCAUCAACCUCACCUUCAGACGCAUCCUACUGGACCGCAAGGGAGGCUCUGCCCCUGGGAGAGCUCUCGCUACGGUGGCAGACAGGAGACACUCUUCAGCUUAUCAGUCCUAGCACGUUUCCCUCCUGCUUAUUUACCUUCUCGUUAGUCUGGAUUGGCAGGGUGCGUGCGUGCCGAAUAUGUGCAAUACAUACAUGCAGUCAAGGAAUUGUUUCGUUCAUUUAUUUAUAUUUAAAUCUAUGAAAACAAGUCACAUUCUGAACAUCUCACACGCAAACACACACAUCUUAAAUAUACAUUAGUGCAAGUUCACCGACAAAUAUUUAGGGGGCAGGGGUAUGCAGUCUAGUCUCAUACAAUUAUUGGACAAUGUCAAAAAAUGUCAUUCUUUUGUUGUGUACAGUACGCCAAGAACAGCUGUAUACCGUUUAGAUAACAUCAAACCCUUUGGCAGUGGUCUUUUAGGACACCAGGAGUCAGGUUAGUUCAAUGCCCUUCAAUCAGUUCAAAACCAUCAUUCUGUUACAUGAACAAGACUAAUUUGAAGUGAAGCUAUGUCUGUAUAGUGAUUCUCUUAUCGUACAAUUAGAAAAAUAUGAGAUUCAGCAGCAGAGUCAAGAGAGACACAUCUUUAAAUACAUUGUAUACACAUAAUGCUAUAGAUUUAGAAUGACAUAUCAGAUGACAAUAGCAAAGGACACUGAUGUGCAUUAAUCCGUAAUUGACUUUCAUGAAUUUGUAUUGAUGUCCUUGUCUCCCCCCCCCCAGACAGAGGUGCCCUACAUGAGCUACCUUAGUCUCAGAAAUGUAAAACCCAACGUCAACGACAAAAGUAAUUCCAUCUGUCAAAGACAGAAGAGAUAAGUGAUUAUUGACAUUAUCAGAGAUAUGAGAUAUGUUUCACCAUACAGUUUUAUUAACCCCCCGAGGUAUGCAAUCUUUGGAAUCAAGUUCCACCUAAUCAGAACCUUUUGAUUUGAAAUUCCUCGUAUUAAAAUACAUGACAAGUGGGUCAUCAUAAACUCUGUCUUAUAGACAUCUAUGAUACAACACUCACAUUUAUCAGUGGUAAAAAUAAAAAAGUAACUUCCCUUGCAAGACAGCAGGCAAAAGGUACAA